AUGGGGAACAGCAAGAACAGGCCUCAAGUAUUCAUCAACUUCCGAGGCAAAGACGAGCGGCAGAAAUUACUGCCACAUCUCAAACAUCAUUUGAAAGACAGAAAUACGAAUGUGUUCACGGACGACGACGCUGUUGGAGAACCGUUAAAGAAUCUCUUCAAACAUAUCAGAAGGUCCAGGAUCGUGAUCGUUAUCUUCUCAAUUAACUACUUGGAGUCAGAGUGGUGCUUAGACGAGCUGGUUGAGAUCAGAAAAUGCUUAGAGACUGAGAAAAUUGACUUCGCCAUACCAAUCUUCUAUAAAGUUAAGACUUCCCACGUCAAGCAACAGAGCGGAAACUUUGGAAAAAAGUUCGUAGCCUUACAGAAAAAGCACCGCAGUUCCAGGAUCAGGAGAUGGAAGAAAGCGUUGCGAUACGUAGCUAAAUCAAUUGGACUGACUUAUAAGAAAAGAAGGUCAUGGUGA